AUGGCCUCACAUGCUGGUGCUGCAGAAGCUGCACAUGGUUCUUUCCAUCAGCAGGAUAUGAGCCCAACGCUGAAUGCACUCGAAGGCGAAGACAGAGGCCCACCGUAUGGCCUUUCAUCUUCGGUGCCACCACUGCGCCAAGAUGGAGAUGAGAUUGAACCUCGUGCUGCAAGUACCUUGCCAAAUGGUGUGCCUCCAGGGUCGUGUGGUACCCAUGGAGGCGGGUAUCCUUUGGAAAUGCAAGCAGUGCCAGAUGUGACCUCAGUGGAAGCUCCUAUGGAGCAACGUGAGCUUUCAGUUUCUGGAACAGUGCUCCCGCAGGUGGUUGAUCCUGCGACUUCUAUGAUGCCCACUGCCAGUCCGACGACUGCGGAAGGUGCUGGUUUGCAGAGCCUGUCCGCGGACAAUGCGCCCCUCUUUCCGAACUUCCUUCCCUCACCUCUUCCGGGUCAGUCUCCGGUUGCUCAUAGACAAGAUGUUCAGCGUGGACAAUCUUGGUUUGCAAAGCUGGGAGAUUAUAUUCAGCGUCGAGUGGAGGUGACAUCGUGGUCAUCCCCGCAUAACAGCGGAGAUCGAGAGAUGGUCCAAGCAGAAGUGGCCAGGCAGCUGGAGGUGGCCAUGGCAGACGUGACAGCACGGCUACAGCAGGAACGGGAUAGGAGAGUGUUGGUCAUGGAGUUCCCGCAGGAGUUCCCCCUAAUCUACCUCUACCUGGUCCUUCAGAUGUCCCCAGCGCAGGGGGUAGAAUCAGGUGCAGCAGGUGGAGCUCGUGAUGAUCCGCUCUUAGUCACCUUGGCAAAACGGAUCGAGGCCCUUCUUCAGCAGCAGCAGGGGUCAAAGAAUGACAGGCCCGAGACGGUGAAGCCCGGUAUAACAGAACUCCCCAGGUUGCCAGAGUACCAGCCAGCUACCGGAAGCAUAGAUCUGUUAAACUGGCUGACGCAUAUCCAGCCGAUUAUGCAGGACCUGUCGGAUACGAGCUACGCAUGGUGGGAAGCUACGCUGCAGGAUGCCUCAAUGUGGUACGCCAAGUACAGUGCUGCGGCCCCGCUGGAGCGUCUGCAGCUUAAGCCUUUGUCGUCACCAGGUCCAUUGCGAAUGGAGUGGGCAAGAGUGGAGAGAAGGGCUACAGCUAUGUUGCUCUCUGCUGUUCCAUCUACGGUUCGAGAAGAAGUUAUAGCUAUGGGGAGUGUGACGUCGUUGGCGUUGUUGUGCAAACUCUAUGCCGUGUACCAACCUGGGAACCUUCAAGAGAAAGCCCUUGUUCUACAGCGUCUAGAGCGGCCAGAGGAGUGUGACACAGCGCUACAGGCAGUGGAGGCGUUGAGGAAGUGGACGCUGUGGAGGAGAAGAGCGAGCUCGAUCGGUAUAGCGGAACCAGAUGCUUCGGUGUUGAUCCAGGGCUUGGACCGCAUCACCUCCCGUGUCGUGAAGGCCAAUAGCGAGCUCAGCUUCCGGGUGAGCUUGAUCAGGAGCACUCUUCAAGUAGAUGUUUGCCCGAGCUCCCAGUCGGUGUCUACAUUCGUUCAGCAUCUCCAGGCCGAGAUGGAGCAGCAGGCUCGCCUUGGUGGUGCAAGGUUCCCUCACACAUGGGCGCUGUUAGACAAGGGAGCGCGGCAGCGAAAGUGCUACAUCAACUACUACCUCACCUACGGAGGCCGCGGUCAGGAGCUGGACCACUUCAACGUCCCCUACUACAACUCCCCGCCCCGGAGUCGUACCGAAUGGGAAGAAGCUCGGGACGUCCAAGUUCAACUUGCGGGAGAAUCCAGUGUCCAGAUGAAACAGACACCAGAUGGCAUGUUGCUUUCCGACGAUGGCCUAGCACAAGUUAUCGUCCCCCUUGGACGAGUUAUCUCCACCCUAGGGUACCGCCUCCACUGGAACCAGAAGAGUUGCGAACUUGUAGGAGGAGACGGUGAAGUUCUUCCCCUGAGGAUAGUUAGAGGCUGUCCGGAGCUCCCCGAGGCCACUGCCACGAAGUUGAUCGACCUUUUGGAGGCUAAGCAGCUCCCUGAGUUACGUCACUCUACAACUACAACGAUGAAGGCGAUCCAUGAAGUGAAGCAGAGUUGGUGGACAAGCUUGAUGGAUUACGUGAGGUAUGGGAGCACCGAGGCAGGGCGUCGGGCUGUGGAUAAGGCCGAGUUCUUCGACUACAAGGACGUUCUGAAAACCCAGUUCGUGAUACGACAGCCCCGUCAAGGGAUUUGGGAGCUCAUGAAGGCUCUUACUUUGAACCGCAGGGCGAGGAAAAGAUUGUUGAGGGCGUCUUCUUGGAUGGUACGAUGGGACCCUCCAGCGGUUGAACGCCGACGGGAUGAUCUCCGUCACCUCGCCUACUCCGGGGAGGCUGUGUAUGUCAAUGUGAACACUCUCCUGGCUGAGAACGACUUUGAGGAUGUUUGGAGGGUCGUUUGGUGGGCGGCUGUUCAAGGCCGGAUAAGUACUGUGGUGGCUCGGGAUGCCACUCCAAAGCCGUUGGAUCAGCUUUCAGCCGGUCCUCAUCGGACCCGCGUGCAUUGGUUGCAUGCUUUAUCAUCGGCAGGAAGGGCCUCUCGAGGAGGAGAUGCUGUCCGCUUGUACGUUGAGGAUGCUGGGGCUUUGGUGGCCCCGGAGCGGAUUACACCUUUCACUGUCGCUACUCCGUGGAGCUACAACAAGGAUUCUGUUGGAUACAUGAACGAGAUGGGCCUUGAGGAUGUGGCGAUUCAGCGGUUCACCGGCGAGCGCGUGGCUCGCUUGGCGAAGUUGGACUCAGAUGCAGCCUGGAAUGCUGCGACGGGCAAACAGCACCGAGCUACAUUGCACCCCUCGGCCUACACGCUAUCCCUUGAUAUAGCGGGCCCCAUCAAGGGCCAUGGCCUAUCACCGGAUGGCAAGCAUUUCCGGUUCUUCCUGGUGGGAGCGUUUAGACUUCCGGUGCUUGAGGGAGGGAUCGGACGAGAUGAUGAACUACGAGGGCAUCCUCUUCCACCCGGCGGCGAUCCGGACGAUGAGGAGGAGGAAUUGUCCGAUGAUGAGGCGGAACUUCAUGACGAGCUCGAGGAGGAGAUCCCCGACUACAGUGUGGAAGAGCAGCAGAAGGAGAAGGAGGAAUGGGAGAAGCUGAAGGCGACUUUCAAGGAGCCUCUAAAAACGGAGACAAUUUACUUCUGUGCCCCGGUGAACGGCAAGAAAGCUGUGUAUACACUACCUGCCUUGCAGCAGAUGGUUACUGAGAUCAAGUCCCUCGGGUACCCUGUGGUGAGAGUUCACUCAGAUCGAGGAGGAGAAUUCCGCGGAAACUUGGUGAAAAGAUGGCUUGCUGGCCAGGGAAUUCUAAGGACUACGUCUACGGGAUCUGAGCCGGCCGAGAAUGGAGUCGCGGAGGCAGGAGUAAGGUACUUGAAGCGUCGUGCCCGGACGCUGUUAGAUGCAGGCCAGCUUCCACGAGUACAGUGGCCUACGGCGAUACAAACAGCGGCAGUUCAGCAGCGAUGCUGCAAGUUGGGGAUUCGAGACCCCGCUCCCGUGGCUUACGGCGCAAAGGUGUACGUGAAGAUCAAGAAGUACAAGACAGGCGACGUGGAGAGCUUUACUCCCCACUGGCUACAGGGCAAAUAUUUGGGCCCCUCUACCGAUGUCAGGGGAGGACAUGUGAUCUUGAAGCCCUCCGGAACCUUCUUGACUACAACUCAUGUGAGGGUAGCGGCAGACCCACCUCCACUUGACCAUGAAGUGUGGAUCCUCCUCUACCACCACCGCUAUGCCCGCCGAGUGAAGUAG